AAAAUUAUGGCCUAUCCCUAACCUAGUACACAUAUUACAUUCCGAUGUCCGCCAUCUUGGUUCGCAUACUUCGGGAGCCCCAAAUUUUCUUUCAUUUUUACUUUGUAUUAUUUGGUCAUCCGUAUUUCAGACAUUAAAAUUCAAAUUGAUUUAUCCUAUAUUCAGAUUUGUGUGAUUCUUACUGCCUUCAGUUGUUUAAAGUUUCAUUAUAAAAUUCUAAUCUUUCACAAAAAGUGUGUAUUGUAUAUCGAGGGCCUAAAAUGGAAGGUCAGAAAUUGAAAACGCUGCUUUGUGAAAAGGAGGGAAAACAUAUAAUUUUGUUUUUUAAAAUAUCCAUUGGAAUAUGUUGGUCAAUAUUUUUUCAAACUAUGAUCAGACUCCAAGGAGGCAUUACUUGUGUUGAUGUUGACAUUUCAUAACAAGAAAUAAGUUCUAUAAAAAUACCCAUAUUCAAAUAUUCAAUCUUUUACAUCAUUGAACAGUGACCAGUUACGUCUUAAUUUAACUAUAUUAUACAGGUUUUGCUAAAUAACCUUGAUUGGGUAUCCGAAACUUGUUUUCCAUAUUAAUUGGGUCGAUUUUGCAUAUUUCAACUAAUAUCUCAAGUCUAGUUUUGAAAAUAAUUUUCUUAAAUAUUUUGCCUUUUUCAAUUUGCCAUGUAUCAAAUGUUUAAAUCACAAACAUUAUUGUAGUAUGGUUGAAUGUCCAGUUUUGGCCUUUUACCAGUAAGAGCACCUAUUUUAUUGUAAUAAUUUCAAAAUCGAAGAGUUUCAACGAAUAGAUACCAUAUAAUUUUUAUUAAUCAGCCAACUAAUAACAAUUGUUAUAUAUUAUUAUAGAAAUUCACCGUGCAUUAAAUGUGCUAUAAUAGCAGCGAAUAACUGGGGAAUAUUAAACCCGAUUUGAUAAAGAACUUUCACAUAUGCCUGAUGCCCUGCCAUCAUUUUGCUUUAUUCUUUAGAAAAGUUAUGAUAUGACUAGCUUGGAAUUGAUCAUGACUGAUAUUGUUUUGUUGUAGAAUAAAAUGAGUCAAUGGAUCUAAAGCGUGAAUGUGGAAAUAAAAGUCCUGUUCAUGUAAUUCAGUCUUAGUUCAGCUAUUGUAUUAUACAAUAAUUUCAACUUCUAUUUUUUUUUUUUUCAAUCAAUUUAUAAAGUGCCCCAAUUUUCGACAAUAUUCACAAACUUAUUAUGCAGAAUUAUGUUAUUUUAGGUACCGUAAUCAGUAUAUCCAAUCUGAGUGAUAGAUUCUCUAUCGUGUGUCAAAUCUCACUACCGAUACUACUGGUAUAUUCACGGCCAUUUAGGUCUAUCUACCGUAUUUUCCAGCGAAUAAGUCGCUUUUCUAGACUCAAAUUUUUAGCCUGAUUUUGAGGGGGUCGUCUUGUUAGGCGAGUAUGAUAAUUUUUUUGGUGUAGCCUUAUUAUUCCAUUCGUACCAUAAAAUACCAAUUACCUUCGGAGAGAGCAUCCCCACGUCCUCAUCAUUGCCAUGUUAUUUUAGAUCGGUGAUGUUCGUAUAUGGUGGACGCAAUCGCGAGUUAGGUUGAUCAUAAUUAGAUAGAAAUUGAAAGCCAUUCUGAAUUCUCGUAGAUGUUAUGGAUUGUAUAUUCCCUAAAAGAAAAAGUCAUUAUAGGCUAUUUUAACCUAUGCGCAAACGCGGUGACCGCUCAAAUGGUUCUGCAUGGUAAAUUAAGAUCCCGAUGUUGAUGCAAAACCCCCAUUUUUCAGGCUUAAAAAUGGCCCCGUCUUAUUUACCGUGUAGACUUAUUCGCUGGGAAAUACAAUAAUUGAAUUUUCAAAAAUUUCAUUUCAGUAAAAAAAAAUUGUUCUUGAUGUAAAAUUUCCCCUGCAUUUUUAGUUUAGAAUUAUAUUGAUAACAAUAUUUCUUUUAAUUAAAUUUUGUUUAUCAUUGAUAUUCAAUACUGUAUAUAUAUAUAUAUAAAUAUUCUUUAUUUUCAGUCUUCUAAAGUUGUAUUUGCAUUUCUUUGUUAAAUAAACAGAAAAUUCAAAAGAAUUUCUACGUUAUUUCAUUGAAUCACACUGCAUCUUUUCUUCCAUCAUUUGAAAUUUCAUUUAGGAAAUAAAACCUUAGAUUUUGUGCUUUACACUCUUUUAUUGAGCUAAACCAUUUCAUUCUGAUUGAUAAUUUACAUUUUAAAAAUUUUAGUAUAAUAUGUUUUGAAUUGAAUAUUCAAACUACUUUGACAGCUGUCUCACGUCAGUGGGAAUUUGCCUUGACAAUAGCUUGAUAAGUAUUUUUGUACCAGCAGGCACAUCAAGUAGUCAACAGCGACUCAAAUUUUAAACAAGUUUCAUUCUCAUCUGGCUUUCUGUUUUUCUUUCUUGCGCACUCCUUUUGAGAAAAAAUUUAUGGAAUUUUUUUCGUUGAAUUCUGAAAUUGGCAAAUUUUUGGAAAGUGUAUUUUUGAAACAAUGCAUUUUUAAAAAUCAGUCAUAUGACAGUAGAUCAUGUGCUGGGCACAAAAUUUAGACAAUCCACUUGCUCCACUCAUAUUUAUAGUAUAUGUGUAUAAUUUUCUUUGUUUACAUAAUAAUGAUUAAUAUCAUGUACUGUUGUUCACAUUUUCUUGUUUUUUCGUCUUUGAAUUUUUGUUUUUGAGAAAGGAAAAUAUUCUUUAAUUCUAUACCAUUACAUUGGAACAUUUUUUGGUAAUUUUUUUUUUGUUAUAGAUGUUUGUUAUGAUGAUAGACUAGGUCAUAUUAAUAAAAGUAGUCAUGUCAAAUAAAAACAAGCAUCAAAGCCUUGUCUUCAAAGGACAGCAUUCUCCAGCCACCGCAUAUCUUCUCUCUGUUUUGGAAAAUAAGACAAAGGAGGAUACAUAUCAUGUUGGUGCAGGUGAUGUAGAAAGAGUUACAGCUGCAUUCGCUGCUUUAUCAGAGAUUUUACCUCAUUGUGGAGUUUAUUCACCUGUGCUUAAACUAGUUAAAGAAGAAUUAUACAGUGCAGUUUACAGUGACACAUACACCGCAUCUAAAAAACAAACUGAUGAACAAAACAGGAAGGAAAAUGUUACUCAACAAUCGAGGAAGCUGGAUCGUGUCCCUUACUUUGUUCUUCUUAAGAGAUUGCAAGAACAAAGGAAUGAAACAGCUGAAACGUUGCAAAUUCAGGUUCAGACUAUUCAAUCCAGAUUAAUGAAUUCUGAGGAUUUAAUUCAACAGAAAAAGGAUGAAAUUGAAAUGCUGAAUAGUCAGCUAGAAGACGUUAAUAAACAAUUAGAAAAUACAAAAACUGAAUUGAACAACAAAGUUGAAGAAAUAGUGGCGCUCGAUUCUAAAAUAGUGGAAAAUGAAGAAGAGGCGAACAAUAAACUUCAGGAAUUAGCUGAGGAAAUGAAUCUGUUACUUGGAAAGAAACAACAACUGCAAGAUGAAAACAAUGUCUUGCGACCAUAUAAAAUGAAUUACGACACCUUGAAAGAUACAUUCGAUCUUCCACCUGAUAAACGUCCGAAACGAGGUUUCAGAAGACCUAUUCUUGCAACUAAAAAAACUCAACUUUUAUCGUCAAUUGAGGCAGCUUCUAAACUGGAACAACAGAUUCUUGAGAUCCAGAACAAAACUUUAGAAGAACAUGACAAAUAUUUAGAAGAAGUAAAAGACAAAUUAGCUGGCAAGAAAUUCUCAGAUAAUGCUAAUGAUCCCAACUACUACACCGAGGAACUCAUGCUGGAAAACUUGGGCGAUGAGAUGACUGCAAGAAAACAAAAUUUUCAGAGGUUGGUUUCAGGAAUGGUCGUUGAGUUGGAAUUAAUUCGUGCUCAUCGUGAGGCUCUUCAGAGUGAACUCACUCAACUUGAGCAGGUUGAGAUGGGUGCUAGAGCGGUGGCUGACGGAGAUGGAAGUGUCGGGGGUGGCACUAUUGUUCCGUCAUCCAUGGCAGGACGACCAGGAAGCAGCAGGAUGAUGUUGUUUGAUGACAAUAAAAAGAAUGGAAGAGAUUCUCAGUUGUCACUCGGAGAAAGUGGUUUAGAAGAAGACAACACAAAAUUAACGGAUCCAUCUACUGAUCCUUUCAAUCCCCAAGAGAGAGUUCUCAGCAAAUAUUCUGCGAUGAUUUACACUUCUAUCAAUUCUGGAAAAAGUUUUGAUGAAAUCAACUGUGCGAAAUUUUGUAUAAGUUGCGGAGAAAAAACAGCAAUUUGUCCUCACAAAGUAACAAAAGAAGAUAUGAUAAUUAAGUUACCAAGAGGAUGUACUCAUGUUAAAGUGUCUCGUCCUCAAGUUAGGAUUGCUAUAUCGGUAUCUCAACAAGGAGUGCCUCAAACAGCAAGUACAAUGUAUCCAGGCAGAGCAGGAGCUGAUACUUGGCUUUCUACAAGACCUGAACCUCAUGGAUGGGAUGCAUCUGGUGAUUGGGUGAUAGAAGAAGAAACGAGGCAGCAAUUGGCAGCACUGUGGGAUGAUUUUAAAAGUCGUACUGGGACAGAAAGGUACCUGCUUCCUGCAUCUCGUGAUCUAUCUCAUGCUAGAGUUUUAUCUCUCAUUGAGCAGUUAUAUGCAAGUGUGGUUUGGCAGGAUGAUCAUCAAGCUAUGGAUGACGAUGAUGACAGCUUAGGAACCAUAAAAGACUACAUGUACAAUUUUAUAUCAGAACGAUACCAAGAAAAUGAAAUCACUCCAAUGGCAACUUUUGAUUUUCUUGCUGGUGUCAUAAAAUAUGCUACACAUGAUAAGGUGAUUCAGAUGUUUGGGCAGGUCACUGCUGGUAAUAUAGAUGGAUCCAUUGCAAGGUAUAUUCAUCUGAUUGCCGAUUUAAUUGACAUCGUACAGUGGGAAGAAGUCAAAGAUUUUGCGGAAUUUUCACAAGCCGUCUAUCCAUUCCUUCCUGAAGAAGAUAUAGAUCAAUUUGUUGUUGAAUACACUGCAUUCAGUGAAAAUAAAAUAUCAAAAUCUCUAUUGAUGGAUUAUUUUGUUCAUAUUGUUCUGAAGAAUAAAGAACCAAGAAUUCAGGAAGCAGAAAGCAAGUUGUCAUCAAUACAAGUGACGAAGGCAGGUUUCAUGCAAAUGUCUGAAUUCGUCAAUAGUAUGGAAUAUGUUGCUCCUUUAACUAACGAACAACUUUGGAGGAAACUGAUGAAAGAGACAUUCAAGCUGCAUAAACAUGGAGAUGCUCCGAUAUCCAGUUUAGCAGGUAUUGCUGCGUAUGUUUCCCUUGUACAAGUUGUGCCUUUACUGAAAGAUCAACUUGUUAAGAAGAUUGAAAAAGCAAGAGAGUUAAGGAGAAAUGAAGUUGGAACAAAAUUGCAGGCUUCUACUCAGUUGGUGUCGGAGACGGUUCGUUUGGUUACAAUGAAUGAAAUGAAGCAACUGGGAUUCAAUGUAUCGAGACAAAGACAAGCUGGCACUCGACAACUAGAUAAUGAGUUUGAUGAUUUUUACUGGCAAUCUAGACCAGAUACUCAAGAAAGUAUGGCGUAGAUGGAUAAUGUAUAUACUUGUGAACUCCUAUAGUAAUUUACCUUUGAAACUAAAUGUUUGUUUACCUAGUCCAAAUACUUCUGCAUUUUAGUUAAUUGUGGUUUAUUUUUAAUUAUAAAAAUAUGAGAUGAGUUUUAUAAUAUUUCACUGUUUUUACAGCACUGUGUUUUUUUAUUCCAUAGUAUAGAUUUAUUUUUGUAUCAAACCUGAUGAUAAUGAUCUUUAUUUGCUGUGAUGUUUAAAUUUAUAUCAUGUUGAAAUAUAUAUUAGUAGAUUAAAGGUGUUUAGAGACACGGUCAAUGUGUGGGAAUUACAGCAGUUUGGAGUCGUAUUUGAACUCUCUUGUGUCAGGAUUUCGGACAUUUCAUGGGGAUAAUCACAGUCAAAAUUUCUUGCAUAGCCUUAAAAGUUAUGCUAACUAAGCCUUUCCCAGCAGUUUAAUAAAAAUGCUGUUUUGAUGCUAGACUUUCUUGGUGCUGGCGAUGCGCUCGUCAUGGCACCUCUGAUUAUCAUGCGUCGACUUUCAAACUCUAGGAGUGAUUACGGUAUGUGCGAGAGAAUUGCUGCACUCCUCGCCGUCUAAGUCGAUAUUUGCUUCAGUCUGAAGUCCGAGUCAAAUCUGAAAUGAUUCCAAAUUUUUACGGUGCCGAUCGAAAGACUACAGGUUGAAUUGAACAAAACCAUUUUUCAAUAUUUUCUAAAUUUAUCGGUGCACAUUCUCAUAUUAUUGCAAACAAAUAAAUCUACCUUAGUGAAUUUGAAUAAAGUACAUAUUCCUCUUGUAUUUCAGAACUU